UGUGAGCACAGCGAGCGAGCCGGAGUGUGCGUGAGACACACGCUACAGGAAUGCGUUGCGUGGCCUCCUCAAUGACUUCAUACAAAUAUAAAAUUGACAUUAGCACGAUUUAUUAUACCGGUCUGUAAUUUAGCUUAUGACAUUUCUAUUAUAUCCAGUGACAUAUUAGAAAAGUGGUUGUGACAUGAAGUGGUGGUUGUUUUCUCUUUCUGGCUUUCCCAUCAACAUACGGUAAAGCAUGAGGUUGCUGUAGCCAUGUGGUACAAGAGUGUCAGAUAGAGACAGUGCUGCAGUAUGCUGGGACGUCUGGUUCCCUAUACUAUCCUAGUGGUUGCUUUCACCUCAGUACAAACAGGUUGUCAUUAUAUGAACAACGGGCGCAACUCAGUAGACAUGGGCUCUACUGCGGCCCCAGGGCGCCAGGACCCUUACUUUGACCCCCUUACUCCUCGGAACGUUACAGCCCUGGUCGGCAAGUCCGCAUACCUCAGCUGCAGGGUUCGUAACCUUGGAAACCGAACGGUGUCCUGGGUCAGACACCGAGACAUCCACAUCUUGACGGUCGGUGGUUACACCUACACCUCAGACCAGAGGUUCAUGGCUCUCCACCACCGUGACAACGACGAGUGGACCUUGCAGAUCAAGUGGGCCCAGAAGAGAGAUGCAGGGAUGUACGAGUGCCAGAUCUCCACACAGCCAGUGCGCAGCUUCUUCGUCAGUUUAAAUGUUGUGGAUUUGAAAAAGGCACAAGAAGCGGAUUUGAGGAGGUUGAUAGAAUCUCCCAGAGAAUACGACCCUUACCAGCAAAUGUAUCGUGAUAUAUAUCAAGUGCCCACAGCAACUAUACUGGGAGGUCCUGACCUUCACGUGGACAAGGGCAGCACCAUCAACCUGACCUGCGCGAUCCGUUACAGUCCCGAGCCGCCGGCCUACAUCUUCUGGUACCACCACGAGGAGGUGAUAAGCUACGACUCUACCAGAGGUGGGGUGAGUGUGAUCACGGAGAAGGGGGACGUGACUACCAGCUAUCUGCUGAUCCAGCACGCUGAGCUGGAGGACUCGGGCAAGUACUCCUGCAGUCCGUCCAAUGCUGACGUGGCCAGUGUGCGCGUCCACGUGCUCAAUGGGGAGCGACCGGCAGCUAUGCAGACUGGUUCUGCAGGACUGAGCAACAGUUCCCUUAACAUCCUCACUCUAAUUCUGCUCUCCUGGUACUAUAGUCAUGUGCUAGAUGCAGUUCAGCUCAACGCUCAGCCUGUUAUCAGAUAAUAUCAAGGACACUUAUAUUGUCGUGUGACUGCUCAAUAUUUUCGAGCCACUGUUUCAAUUUCAUUGUGAUAUGACUAACUUUUAAUUAUUCUUUCAUCACUGUUGUUAUAUUUUAGACUUUUUAUUAUAAUGAAUGCUGUAUAGAAUUAUGUUCCACUAUGUGUAAACCGAUUGAUAUCCCUUUAUUCAUCACUAUACUUCAUAAAAAAUUAACAAUUGUAAAACUACCCAAUGGUGAAUAACUAUGAGUAAUAUCUCCAAAAUUUUGUAGUUGAAGAAAAGUAAUAAAUGUAGAACAUUUCGUUAUACACCACUGUGUGCUUCAUGGAAUUUAUAACUAAAUAUUUUUAUGAUUGAUAGUGUACUAUUAUAUAAUAGCCCAAAUAUAUCUAACUUCAAUUGUAAAGUAGCUACGUUAAGUUUACCACAUUAAUUUUCUUUUCCUUUUCGAGCAAUUAAGUCAGGUAAUAAGAACGAUUAUGGCAUAAAUAAGUUUUAACACCUUCCCUAAUUGUUUUUAUUUGAUAAGUAUAUUCUACACUAUUAUUAGUAUAUUUUGUAAGACUUAAAAUAAAAACCAUUUAUCACAUUGCAGAAGGAAAAGGUACGUUAUCAUAUGUCAUUAGUGAUACUGUUGGAGUAGCUGUCAACUCAGGAGGUAAUUUGAAUUUGAUUUACAUCACGUUGCAAUGUUACUGAGACGUUCAACUUUCAGGAUUCCUGAAAUCUUGGCAUUUACCAUUUUCUCAUGGGUAUGUAAAUUACUUACAGAUACAAAACUUUGUAUGCUAUUUUCUUAGAUCGUAUAUAUGGAUAAAGUCUCAUUAACAACAGGUUUAUAUUAACUUAUUAAAAUUAAAUUUACCUCAGCUGUUAAUGAAUACUUUUAGUUUAUAAUAUGUUAUGUUAAGUUUGUGUACUUAAAAAUAAUAUCUAAACAUUACUGAAUUGUGUACAGUAUUGUACAUAUGUAUCAUAAUAUGUACAUUAUAUUCGUGUAAAUCACAUGUAGUAAAAAGUGUACAUAAUUGUAGAAUUAUGUUGUUUGAUUAUAUUUACAAUGAAAUAAAAUACCCAUUUUAUAAAA